UCGUUUUUUUUUUGUGCAAAAAGUUUCUUGCCAGUUUAAAUUUUUAUCUUUAUUGAAACAAGUGCGUGAGAAAAGUAGAAAAACAGCUCAAAAAAGGUUCAUUGUCUGUUUAGGUUUAUCUGGAUUUAUCUGAAUUUGUUCAACUGUUGUGGUAAAUGUUUGUGAUUGUUAUUACAUCAAGUGGAAAAAUAACGGAAUUCAAAAAACAUUAAAUGGCGCUGCAAGAAUAAUAAAUUUUUUGAUGAGUGGUUUUUUUUGAGAAUUAAGAUUCAAAUAUAAUAUCCUUCAAAGAAAUCGACUGGUAAGUAAUGAUGGACGAGCAAGACUACAAAAGCAUAAUCAUCUACUAUGGGCGGGAGAAGUUGUACCGGACGAUGCACCGGCUUGUACUGGAAGCGAUGGCAAAGUAUACGGCCGAAAGUAGCUUCCGUUUCUACAAUGGGAUAGCGCUCAUCCUGGAAGGUAUCCGCCUGCAAGAAGGCAUUCGAGAGCUAAACCAACUACAGGGGGACCGUGAAUUUGGGAUGGCCGUGGUGCUAUGUUUGAUGUAUGCCCACAAACGGUGCAGCAUUAUCGACAAAGAGGAACUACUGGCCCUGGACGGACGCCUCAAGGAGGAACGAAAACGCUUGACGGCCACGUCUGCCUAUUAUUCGGCUUUGUUUCUGUUUUUAACAGGAAAAUAUGACAAAGCGAGGGAGUACGCCGAAAAGGCACAACGGAUGACACCGAACAAUCCGGAAGUCCUUACUUUAAAAGGAUGGUGUGAGCUGUAUUUGAACAAAAAUAGACCUUCGUACAUUUUGGAUCUGUUUGACAAAGCUCUGGAGCAUGGCUUGCACAUUGAUGCAUCCGUGGGACAGGUUAGAUACCAUCAGUUGAAUAAAGAUUUCGAAGCUGCUAUCGCAAUUUUGAAUCGUCUUUCUGUGCGGCAUACGGAUAUGAACAUUCCAUUGGUGGAGAAAAUGAAAUGUCAUUUGUCCAACUGGAGCUGGGACAACACAAUUGAGACGGCUACCAGGGUUCUCAAUAUGGACCCAACAAAUCUGGAAGCCCUCCAAGUCAAGAUACUGAUUAUGACGGUCAAAGAUGGAAACUUUUCCGGAAGCGCUACUGCAUUGCAAUACCUGUUCAAAGCGAUGGAAAAAAUCGAGCCAGCUAAUUGUGAUUUGUUCAUGCGAACCGGUCAAUUGUUCUCAAGAAUUUGUGGUAGAAAUGCCUCAAUCUUGGCCGAAACCUAUUCAUUCGUUGAGAAAUCUCACAAGCUUAAUCCCUCAAAUGCCGAAUACAUAACCGAACUUGGGUAUCAAGCAGCAAUGCAGAAAAAAAUCAAGGAGGCUACUAAAAUGUUUAAGACUGCCUCGAAAAUCGACGACAGCUCAAUGUACGCCCUUUGUGGAUUAACCCAUUGCCAGAUGACGGAAUCAGGAAUCACUGAGCAAGUAACUCAGCAAAUUGAGUUUCUCACAGAGAUUCAGGGCGACGACAAAAUUCCUUUACUACUGCUUAUGUCGGCAAGGCUUCAUCAUUUGAACCACGAUCGUGCUUUAGAACUACUUGUGGAAGCAAGCGAAAUACAAUUUAAAAACUUGAAAACACUACCCUACGGUUUGGAGUACUUGAGACAAUUCAAUCCUGACUUUUUACUGGAACUUAUCAAAGAAUUGCUUCGGCACGCACCGACUCAGCACAGCAUUGAACUGAUGUCACUUGACUCGCUUCAUCCAACGCUUCGUCACAGCGCCAAUUUGCUGGAUUCGAUUGUCAAAGCUUGCCCCGGGUUAGUUGAGGCAUCCUAUCUUCUAGCGAAGGUUCAAUUCCUUAGCUUUGAAAUUGGAGCCGCUGCAUCAACGCUUCAGCGCAUUCUUCAGGACAUCGAUCCCACCUAUUCUGAUGCUCAUCUAUUGAUUGCUCAAAUUCAUCUGCAGCAAAAAUCAUACCAACGAGCUGCUCAAAGUUUGGAAAUUUGUCUCUCUCAUGACUUCAAAGUUCGUGAUGAUCCCAUGUACCAUCUUCUCCAAGGAAUCGUUUACAAAAAUCAACAACGUUACGAGGAUGGUAUGAAAAGCUUCUUCACCGCUAUGAACAUCUGUGGGUUGAGCCCCAACGGAAGUGUCCUUCGAUCUCCCGGGAAGAGAGCCAAUGAAAAAGUGCUGAGUACCCCAGACCUUCUAACACUUUACCUAGAAGUGAUCAACAGUCACGUGUUGAUGAAUCAAAACUCGGAAGCUCUCAAAUUAAUGCAACUGGUAUCGUCGGAGUUCGCUGCGACAACCGAGGAAGGUCGUUUAACGAUCGCAACCGCCGAUUUCUACAUGCAGCAGGGCAACUUCGCCAAAGCUGUCGAAAUGCUAAAGAACAUACGUCCAGAUCAACCGUACUACGUUCAGGCCAAAACAAAGAUGGCCCACUACUAUCUGGUUCACAAGAAGGAUCGCAUUGCAUAUGCACAGUGUUUCAAGGAGCUGGUCGCGAACUGUCCGGGACCUUCGAGCUAUCUGAUGUUGGGUGAUGCAUACAUGUCCAUCCAGGAACCGGACGACGCCAUCGAUGCCUAUCGAAAGGCUCACAAACAAAACCCGAGGGAUUCGUUGCUGGCUAGCAAGCUGGGAAGAGCCUAUGUUAAAACUCAUCAGUACAAGAAAGCGAUCGCCUACUACCAGGAGGCGAUUGCCACACCGGAAAACUAUUUGUUGAAGUUGGACUUGGCGGAGCUGCUGUUGAAGUUGAAACAAUACUCGAAUGCCGAACAAACGCUGGUUGAUGAAAUCGAAUUGACUAAGGGGGAAAUUGACGACAUAACAAAACUUCAGACGAGAACAAAACAGUUGUUACUGUUGGCACGAAUCCGAGAGAAGGCAGGCUACUUAAGUUCGUCUCUAAACACGCUCAAAGAAGCGCGUGAUAAUCAGUACAAAAUCCAGAAACGUAUGUUGAUCGAUCAAAGCGGGAUCGUACACGAGCAGAACUCUAUUUUAUCAAAAAUUUGUAUUUUGAUGGCGGAGCAGUCGAUAGCGAUCCGGGACAAUGAGCAGGCGAUCCAUCACUACAAGGAAGCGCUAAAGAUAACGCCUAACGAGAUCGGACUGCUGGCUGCCCUGGCUAGGACCUACAUGCACGUGAACAACAUGGACCAGUGCCAAGCAACCUGUGCCAGUAUUCUGCAAGUCGAUCCUAACAACGAGGCUGCAUCGGUGAUGAUGGCUGAUCUUUCGUUUCGAAGGAUGGAUUUCGAGAACGCUGCCUAUCACUUUUCGCAACUAUUGCUCUCGCAACCGACUUACUGGACGGCGCUUGCUCGUCUAAUUGAGGUAAUGCGACGCUCCGGAACCCUUCACGAUGUUCAAUCGUUUCUGAAUCGAGCUGAGGACGAGUGUCUUCGUCCGGAUCACGAGGCUGGUCUCAACUACUGCAAAGGUCUUAACGAUUGGUACAGUGGUAACCCUAAUAGCGCACUGCGCUUUUUUAACAACUGUCGCCGAGACUCAGAGUGGGGCCAACAGGCGAUCUACAACAUGAUUGAGAUAUGUCUGAAUCCCGAUGGAGAUCUACCGAAUGAAGGGAUCAUCGAUAUUGGACCCGAUGACCUGGAGAUUAAGGACUCACGUGUGAUGGCCUUGAGAACUGCUGAGCGAUUGCUGAAAGAAUUGAAACCUCGACCCGGAGUGAUCGACAAUGAAGCCUUGAACCACAGGUUGUUGGAAAACUUUCAUCUGUUGGCUUCCCGACAGAAGCUAAGCAUCGAAAAAGCUCUCCAGGACUUCACGGCAAUCGCUUCCCAGGAAGAGUACAAGGAGCACGUUGGAGCCGUUUACGGGAUGGCUUCGGCCUACGUCAUCCUGAAGCAGUCCCAGCGAGGGAAAAAUCAACUUAAGCGGAUCGCCAAAAAUAGCUGGACAUUCGAAGAAGCCGAUUAUUUGGAAAAAUCUUGGCUGCUCCUAGCUGAUCUCUAUCUUCAGGCAAGCAAGUAUGAUAUGGCGACUGAGCUUUUGAAAAAGGUUUUGGAGCACAACAAAUCCUGUACCAAGGCCUACGAACUGCUAGGGCUGAUCUCUGAAAAGGAACAAAACUAUCGCAACGCUGCUUUGCAGUACGACUUUGCCUGGAAGUGUAGUGGAAAGUCAAAACCUAACAUUGGCUACAAGUUGGCUUUCAACUACAUGAAAAUAAAGCGUUUCGCAGACGCCAUCGACAUUUGUCAACAGGUACUGAAAAUUCAUCCUGACUAUCCGUCGAUCAAGAAAGACAUUCUCGAUAAGAGCAGAAAUAAUUUGAAAAGUUAAAUGAUCUCAACUUAACCAAGUAUUAAAAGAAAACACAUCCGUCCAUUUGUGUGAUUUGAUAUUGUUGUACACAUAUAGCAUUGUAGAGAAUAUUUAUUGCAGCACUUAACGAAUACAGUUUGAAAUUAGCAUUCUAAGUUAUUGUUACGAGCGUUUUCUUAAUGAGUGAUCAAUAUCAUAUCCCUUUUAUCGUUUUUAAAGAUCAAGGUAAACCACCUGGGUGGCCGCAAUCGCACCACAAAAGCUUAGAAACGCCGCCACGGUGACGACGGCCGUCGUUGUGCCACUCCAGGACACGAGCGAUCCCAUGCAGAUCGACAGGAUGAACUGAGCCAAAAACACCAUGCUGCUGACGAUUGCGACAUCGGUUCCAAGACCUCGCACCACCGGCGAUUUACCCUGCUUGGCGUCCUCCUCGCUUAGCUGCUCGAACUGAAAAA